UCGGACUCACCAUACCUGGUUUGCCCGACCAAAUACUCAAAAACUCGGAGGCGACUUGGACUUUGCAGGUUGGAAAUCAGUGGUGGGAAAGAGCCACAAUCACUGGUGUCAAGAAAAACAGAGACAUGGUGUUCAGAGCGCACGAUCUGUGUCUCCCUCUCUCUCCCACCCCACAGCAUCAAAAUCAUGAAAACUUCUUUUUGCUUUCUCUCUGUUUUAAUUUCACACAUGGUUUUCAUUGUUCAUGCUUUUCUGAUCCAUUUUUUUUUUAUAUCUUUUGUUUUCCUUACUCUCCGGGUUGUGCAAGCCCGGACCUGCUCUGGUUACAGGUCUGGGAGUGCAUACAAAAUUCGAAUCGAAUCUCGAGGCUUGUUUGGGGCGUAUUCAAUGCUUGUGCUUGGUCUGUUUUAUUGUUUCUGUUCGAAUGUCCGAUUGUUGCUGCAUGUCAGCACGAAAGGAUUCCAAAAGUGGGCAGACGAUAUGGUAGAAUUUGUUUUUUCGCAUGACGAAAUAGAUGAUGACCUUCUAUCAUUUUAAAUACA